ACCACUUCCAGAUGAAGUUGUUCAAGCAUUGGAUGAAGCAUGGAGUGUGACUCGUACUAUUGCAAAAACGUAUUGGAGAUAG